CUGCCCCCCCUCCCCUCCCCGCCUCCUCCGUUUCCGUGUCCUCUUCAAUUCGCUCGCAGCAGCAGCGACGCCGCCUCCGCCUCCGCCUUCCCGUUCACACCGCCGCUCCGCUCUCCUUCCCCCACAAGCAACCGCCGCCGCCAUGCCCUAGCGCCGUCUCCUCCGCCCCGAGCUCCGUCGGCUGCCUCCGGCCUCCAGCGCCCGCCGUGGCCGGCCGCGCUCCCCGCAUCUGAGCGGGCGGGCGGGUGGGCCGGUGUGGUCGGCGCGCCCCGCGUCCUCGGGCUAGUCGCCGUCUGCGGCUCCGUCGCCGGUGCCAUUGUACUUGUCUUCGUCCCCUGUGAUAAUCACCAUCACUAGUUAUGCGUUCUUCAGAAAAUAAAACGGUGUGCUCCAACUCAGGGAGAUCAUCAAAAAGGAGGAAAGAGACCUCUUCGGAGUUGGUUCCUGUAUCAAACAGGCCAAGUCGACGUAAUGCUUCCCGCCAAUGUAAACAUGAUUCUCCUCUGAAGAGGUCACCAAGGAAAGUUAGGAAUGCUACUUUGGCAAAAAGCAUAAAGAAUAAAUAUCAUUGUAGUCCUCUGAAACGUCGGAGGGGUUCAGAUUCUGUUGCUGGGAAAGUUGUAACAGGAUUAGUUGCGAGGAGGAGGAAGAAAAGAAAGCGGCAAAAUACUGAUGAAGCAACUCGCUUGGAACGAAGAGCGAGAUAUUUUCUAAUCAAGAUAAAAUUGGAGCAGAACUUACUAGAUGCUUACUCUGGAGAUGGAUGGAAUGGGCAAAGCCGAGAGAAAAUAAAACCAGAGAAGGAACUGCAGCGUGCCAAGAAGCAGAUCAUAAAAUGCAAAAUUGCUAUACGUGAUGUUAUUCGCCAACUUGAUGUGUGUAAUUCCACUGGGAGCGUUGAUGACCCAGUGAUGCCUCCAGCUGAGUGUACUGAUCCUGAACAUAUCAUGUGUUCAACAUGCAAGUCUCAUGAAUCAUUUCCCAACAAUAAAAUUAUCUUCUGUGAAGGGGCCUGCAAAAGGACAUAUCAUGAGAAAUGUUUGGAACCUCCUUUAGAAAAAAGUGCUCUUCCAACAAGUAGCCAUGGUUGGCUUUGCAAAUUCUGUUUGUGCAAGGUGAAAAUUUUAGAAGCUAUUAAUGCACAUCUAGGAACAAAUUUUACAGUGAAGUGCCCUUUUGAAGAAAUGUUUGGAAAAAUAAUUGAGAAUGAAGAACAGAGUGAGGAUGAAGAUUGGGGUCAUGACAUAAGAAAGAAAAGAAGAACACGUGCAGCCAGUGUACAGGAUAAUUCUGUUGAUGGUUUCUCGAAUGUUAUAUCUGAUGAAAAGACUGAGAAGAAGGGGAGAAAACUCUUCAGGAUUCCUCCCACGGCAGUCGAGGUGCUUCGCAAAUCUUUUGCUGAAAAUGAGCUCCCACCCCGAGAUGUCAAAGAAAAUCUCUCAAGAGAAUUGGACAUUUCUUUCGAAAAGAUUGAUAAAUGGUUCAAAAAUACGCGGUGUGCUGCUCUCAGAGAUCGUAAGGCUGAAGGGAACAGUCAUAAUCCCGCUCCCAGCAAAAGCUCAAGAAGUAAAGGAAAAGCUGGAAUCUCAGGCAAGACUGAAAGAAAUGAUCGGAUUGCUACUCUCUCCAAUAACUUGAGGACAAAUGAAGAAAAAGCUGAUAUCUCAGGCAUGGUUGAUUCAGGAGACAAUUCAUGCUUUGUUCCCUUGUCUGAAAUUAUCAAUGUGCCUACACGAUUGCAACGGAAUCUUGAGAAGAGGAAGAUGGAAUCAACUAGCAGCCCUCUGAGGCUACACAAUAAAGGAGCUUGUUCUCCAACAGGCCAAGUGAAGGAGAGUACGUCACCUACAAGCAAGUCUUGUUUGCAGACAGAUUUGAGCCAUCCAACAAACAAUGAAGUCAGUGCUGAAGAGCAAGCUGCUUCUCAGAUGGAUACUGAUGCCUGCCCUGAAGAGCAAGCUGCUUCUCAGAUGGAUACUGGUGCCCGCGCUGAAGAGCAAGCUGCUCCUUUGGUGGAUACUGGGGCCUCGGAUUAUCAGCCUUUCCUGGAUGUGAUCGAUGAGAUGUGUGGACUCGAGUGUAGGCUGCAGAGGCUGAAGAAGAACAUGCUGUCAUUAGGAGCAGAGGGGUGCGCUACUGGUGGGAGUGACAUGAAAAACCAAGCUGUGGUGCUCGUGCCAUCUGCCGAGCUCAAGGAAAAAGCGUAGCAUGCCGCUUUUAUCUGGGCAUUGCCCAUAGGUUUUAUAUAGCAAAUAACUGUAUAGAGAACCAAGAAAAAAAGAAACAAAAAACAGACAAGUGCCGGCUUACAUAACAUACUGUCAGGCCAGGGUAUCAGGUAGUUCUCCUGGGGCCUCGACAUUACCAACAGGCGUCAGGUAGUCUAAACAUACUUUGGUGUCUUGGAAGUUUAUAUGUUAUAGUCCAGAGUUGGGAUUAUUAAUUAGCAUAGCUGUAGCAUCCGAAUCUAAAUCUGGAGUGUGAACCUAGAUUAGGGUUAUGCUUAACUAGUGAUGGUUGUACCAGGCACAUUGAUCUCAACUAGUCAUUUGAUUUUAUUUUAAAGAAAAGAACUUAGCAUGCAUGA